UUUCGGGACCGUAUCAUACGUCGGGUACGACGUCGGGGGGCAUCGUUUCCAGCCUUGCAAGUUGCAAGGCAUAGACGUUGCUACUGCAACAGGGUUAAUAGGAAAAGCAGCUGCUGGGAUAAAUCCUGACCUCUCUUAUUGCUAUUUAUGAGAUGACAAUGGGAGGCAAUGUUGCUGCAUAGCACGGGGCGGAGCGAAUUGGGGAGACAUGGCGUGGGGAAGAGGAGCGAUGCUGGUGGCCCUCGUCGUGGCCUUGUGCCUGAGCGCACUCGGGGCGGACGCCCAGCUCAAGGUUGGAUACUACUCCUAUGGCUGCCCAGCAGCUGAGCUCAUUGUUAAGGAGGAGGUCGAGAAGGCUCUGAUAGAUGACCCUGGCGUCGGUGCUGACCUUCUCCGGAUGCACUUCCAUGACUGCUUCGUGAGGGGUUGCGAUGGCUCGGUUCUUAUCGAUUCGACGGAGGACAACACCGCCGAGAAGGAUGCACAAGUCAAUCUAACCCUCGAAGGAUUUGAGAUUAUCGACGCUAUCAAGGAAAAGUUGGAGGCCGCCUGCAAAGGAGUCGUCUCGUGCGCAGACCUUCUGGCAUUCGCCGCCAGAGACAGCGUCGUACAUUACGGAGGAAUUCACUACAGAGUCCCUGCAGGCAGAAAAGAUGGAACGGUAUCCAAGGAAGGCGACACGAGCAUUCUCCCUUCGUCGGCCCUUGACCUCACUGAGCUCACAAAGUUGUUCAUCUCCAAGGGGUUGAGCCAAAAUGACAUGAUCACUCUUUCAGGAGCGCACACGGUCGGCAUCGCGCACUGUGACGCCUUCACCGACAGGCUGUACGACACAGACGAGACGCUGGAUCAGAAGUACGCAAAGGCGCUGCGGAAGCAGUGCCCUCCGGGCAGCAACAACACGGUGUCGAUGGACCCGAAAAGCCCUCAAAGGUUCGACAACCAUUACUACAGGAGCCUCCUGAAGAACCGAGGGCUGUUCACCUCGGACCGGACCCUCCUUUCCACGCAGGGCACGACGACGCAGGUGAAGCGGCUCGCGAGCAACUACAAGCGCUUCCAGCGGAAGUUCGCGGCUGCCAUAGUGAAGAUGGGCCAGAUCGGAAUCCUCACCGGGAGCGAGGGCGAGGUUCGCGCCAAUUGCAGGAAGAUCAACUGAUGAUGACUGCCAUUGACAAACGAGACAGAUCCCUUUCGGUGGAGUACUUCAUCAUCUUAUAUAUAUAUAGAUAUGUAUAUUUUAUUUGUUGGAGAUUGCCUGUAUUGUUUCAUGUGAUUCUUCUUCUUCUUCUUCUUCUCCUCCCUUCUUGAAAUAUGUCUAUCUUUGAUGAAUAAUGAGGGUGUCAAAGACAUGUUUUGGGAAUCA